AUGGCCCAACGGAGGCCGACGACACACACCAGCGGAACGCGGGCAGCAACCGCAACGCAGUUGACGGGGCGAGCCCGACCGACCUCGCUGAGGGGAGCGGCCGGGGCCAGGAGAGAGCAGGAUAGAGCGGGCGGGGCCAGGAUAGAGCGGGCGGGGCCAGGAGAGAGCGGGCGGGGCCAGGAUAGAGCGGGCGGGGCCAAGAGAGAGCAGGAGGGGCCAGGAGAGAGCGGGCGGGGCCAGGAUAGAGCGGGCGGGGCCAAGAGAGAGCGGGCGGGGCCAAGAGAGAGCAGGAGGGGCCAGGAGAGAGCAGGAGGGGCCAGGAGAGAGAGGGCGGGGCCAGAAGGGAGAGGGCGGGGCCAGGAGAGAGCGGGCGGGGCCAGGAGGGAGUGGGCGGGGCCAUCAGAGAGAGGGCGGGGCCAGGAGAGAGCGGGCGGGGCCAGGAGAGAGCAGGAGGGGCCAGGAGAGAGCGGGCGGGGCCAGGACAGAGCGGGCGGGGCCAGGAGAGAGCAGGAGGGGCCAUCAGAGAGCGGGCGGGGCCAGGAGGGAGCGGGCGGGGCCAGGAGAGAGAGGGCGGGGCCAGGAGAGAGCGGGCGGGGCCAGGAGAGAGCGGGCGGGGCCAGGACAGAGCGGGCGGGGCCAGGAGAGAGCGGGCGGGGCCAGGAGAGAGCGGGCGGGGCCAGGACAGAGCGGGCGGGGCCAGGAGCGGGCGGGGCCAGGAAUGAGCGGGCGGGGCCAGGAGAGAGCGGGCGGGGCCAGGAGAGAGCGGGCGGGGCCAGGAGAGAGCGGGCGGGGCCAGGAGAGACAAGGUGGGGCCAGGAGGGAGAAGGCGGGGCCAGGAGAGAGCGGGCGGGGCCAGGGUACAUCGGGCGGGGCCAGGAUAGAGCGGGCGGGGCCAGGAGAGAGCGGGCGGGGCCAUCAGAGAGAGGGCGGGGCCAGGAGAGAGCAGGCGGGGCCAAGAGAGAGCGGGCGGGGCCAGGACAGAGAGAGGGCGGGGCCAGGAGAGAGCGGGCGGGGCCAGGAGAGAGCGGGCGGGGCCAUCAGAGAGAGGGCGGGGCCAGGAGAGAGCGGGCGGGGCCAGGAGGGAGCAGGCUGGGCCAGGAGAGAGCGGGCGGGGCCAGGAGAGAGCGGGCGGGGCCAGGAGAGAGAGGGCGGGGCCAGGAGAGAGCGGGCGGGGCCAGGAGAGAGCGGGCGGGGCCAGGAGAGAGCGGGCGGGGCCAGGGUACAUCGGGCGGGGCCAGGAUAGAGCGGGCGGGGCCAGGAGAGAGCGGGCGGGGCCAUCAGAGAGAGGGCGGGGCCAGGAGAGAGCAGGCGGGGCCAAGAGAGAGCGGGCGGGGCCAGGACAGAGAGAGGGCGGGGCCAGGAGAGAGCGGGCGGGGCCAGGAGAGAGCGGGCGGGGCCAUCAGAGAGAGGGCGGGGCCAGGAGAGAGCGGGGGGGCCAGGAGGGAGCAGGCUGGGCCAGGAGAGAGCGGGCGGGGCCAGGAGAGAGCGGGCGGGGCCAGGAGAGAGAGGGCGGGGCCAGGAGAGAGCGGGCGGGGCCAGGAGAGAGCGGGCGGGGCCAGGAGAGAGAGGGCGGGGCCAGGAGAGAGCGGGCGGGGCCAGGAGAGAGCGGGCGGGGCCAUCAGAGAGAGGGCGGGGCCAGGAGAGAGCGGGCGGGGCCAGGAGGGAGCGGGCGGGGCCAGGAGAGACAAGGUGGGGCCAGGAGGGAGAGGGCGGGGCCAGGAGAGAGUGGGCGGGGCCAUCAGAGAGAGGGCGGGGCCAGGAGAGAGCGGGCGGGGCCAGGAGAGAGCGGGCGGGGCCAGGAGAGAGCGGGCGGGGCCAGGAAGGAGAAGGCGGGGCCAGGAGAGAGCGGGCGGGGCCAGGAGAGAGCGGGCGGGGCCAGGAAGGAGAAGGCGGGGCCAGGAGAGAGCGGGCGGGGCCAGGAGAGAGCGGGCGGGGCCAGGAGAGAGCGGGCGGGGCCAGGAGAGAGCGGGCGGGGCCAGGAAGGAGAAGGCGGGGCCAGGAGAGAGCGGGCGGGGCCAGGGUACAUCGGGCGGGGCCAGGAGACAGCGGGCGGGGCCAGGAGGGAGCGGGCGGGGCCAGGAGAGAGCGGGCGGGGCCAGGCGGGAGCAGGCGGGAGCAGGCUGGGCCAGGCGGGGCCAGGCGGGAGCAGGCGGGAGCAGGCGGGGCCAGGCGGGAGCAGGCGGGCACGGCGCGGCACGGGAAGCUGAGGGGAGCGGCGGCGCCGGGGGAAGGCGGAGGGGCGGUGGGGGAAGGCGGAGCGGCCGGCGGCCAAUUGGCGCCUCGGCGCUUGCGCAGUGCCGGCGGAACGGCGGCGCGCGGGACGCACGGAAAAGCGGCCGGGCGCGGAAGGGCAGCGGCGGCCCUGCCAGCGCGCAGGUACUCCACCGCCCCGCGUUCACCAUCCCUCUGGGCCUUUCCCAUUCCUUCCCUGUGCUGUAG